AGCGAUUUUUUUUUUCUGGACGCAUAUUAUCAAGUGUCUCUUUUUUUUCUUCCUUUUCUUUCCCUUCUUCUUCUUAUUCUCAGUUUCUUCUUUUCCUCCCAUUUUUCUUUUCUGCCAUCUACGAGAUUUCUCAUCAUGUAAGUACUUCAUCUUACCCGGAUGCACACUGGAACGGUCAUUUUAAGUACGUUUUGGUUGGGUCGCAGCUCCUCUGGUGGCACACUUGACUCCUGUGUUGGCAACACUUUUUCAUUUUUUUUUUUCACACCGCAAAAGAAAAUCAUACAUAUACAUAACAUACAUUUCUUAUCAUACACAUACACCACUCCACUCACGUACACAUAUUAUAUAUCAAUUGAUAAAACCAGCCGCUGUAGUCCCUCUUGAGCCAUGACUUUGUAUGACGAUGCCGCUUCCUCCACAGAAGGAUCUUCCGUUCAGAAAGAGUUCAAGCCAAAACGGUCAUCCCUAGGUUACAGUAAAAUGAAACCCCACUUUGCUCGAGACUACCAAGGGUCACCAGAGUAUGUACGGUAUGCCGAACCUUUACCGCCGUAUCCGGCCAAUUUGCCGUAUUCCCCUAUCUACUUUCCGCCACCGCCCAUGUACUAUCCACCUUAUAAUAACAACUCUAUUCAUCAUCCAUUGACGUCACUCAAGCAUUCAGAAUCCCCUUUACGCGACGACGAACAGGAUGAUCUCGAAAUAAUCAUGCAUAAUGAGGAUACCACUCCCGCCGUCCUUCAUCGUGCCUCUCCGCGUGAAAACGGAUCGAUCUCCGACUUCAAUUUACGAAAACAAUUAGAAUACUACUUUUCAAGACAAAAUUUGGCGAAUGAUGCCUACCUUGUAUCACAAAUGGACGCUGAUCUUUAUGUCCCCAUUGCCACGAUCGCCAAGUUCAAGCGGGUGCGUGAUUGGACAACCGAUAUUGAUGUUGUGGUCAAAACCUUGCAAGAAUCUACGGCUGUCAUUGUUGACGAAACCGGGACCAAAGUCAAACCCAACAUCUCAUUACAAAGGACAACCGUUAUCCUUAGAGAUAUUCCAGAAGCAACUGAAGAGGAAAUCAGUGAUUUAUUACGAGAAUUAAAUUCACCACCUGUAAAGACGAUUAAACAAGAUGUGGGGAAUAUGUGGUAUAUCACCUUUGAAUCGGAGGAAGACGCUUUGAAAAUAUUAUUUGAUAUCCGCGGCAAAACGUUCAAAGAUCAACCGAUUGCAGCUCGUAUGAAAUCCGAACCCGUAUUACGGAGUAUACAGACCAAAAAAUCCUCCUCCACGGACCUUGAAAGCCAGACGAGCCACUCUGAUAUGUCAUCUUCGCCUUCCGUCAAUCCACAAGCUGACACCGUCUCCUCUUCCAGUACUACUACCAAUCACAUCGGUGCGGCGAUAGAUCAUUCCAAUUCCACACUGCCUCCUGGGUCAUUUGGAUUUUAUUAUUCCUACGGUGCUCCCUACGGCAACAAGUGGUCAUCGCAAGUCCCAAAUACAAUACCCUAUCCUGGUCAUUCAUACGAAUCAGCACCCAGCUUACGAUAUCCCUUCACGCAUUAUCCGAGAGGAUGGAAGAUGAGAUCAAAGCACAUGAAUCACGUUCAUCAACAUUCUCCAGGUCCCAACACUAGAAACGGUUGGCAACAUAGUCCAAUAGCACAGGGUGCCACCAUGAAAGACAAAGCUCUUCCCCAUGAGAUGUCGCAGCUUUCCAUACACGAUUCACCGGCAACGUCCAACAAUGAUGCCUCCCUUAAAAUGACCAACACCGUGCCACGGCAUUCACAUCGGAACAACAAAUUUUCAAAGGAUCGAAAGUCACAAUCGCCUUACGGAGGAGAGAAACGGAAUGACAACAGAUCGGCACAUUUACACCAGCACAAGUCCGCGACAUCGGAUCAGGGACGUCGGCGGGAGUCGGCAGGAUCAAAUGCAAUGAAUGCGACGAGAGGUAAAAAGCGACCAGAUAAAAGAAGAAAAGGCCGAUCAAAGGACAGCGGUCAGUUACCACCACCGCCGCCUGAUUUACGUCUAGCUAAUUUUCCUCCGCUGCCUACCGGUGCAAGUUGCAAUAAAUCCAAAGAUACAUUGUCUUUGUCCGAUGACCGGAACAGCGCGAAUGGCACGAAUGGUACGGAUGGCACGAAUAGCGCAAAUGGCGCGACUGUUAUGAAUGGGACCAUGGGCGGCGCACACAAACGGUCGACAGCCGACAUUGUCAAAGGCACAGUAACAAGCUCACCUUGGUCAAAACAAAAACCGUCGCCAUAUAAUACGAUUGAGACGGUUGAUAAACAAGAGAAAAUAUCGCAAAAAUCUGAUAGUGUUGUCAAGGAGAAGCACAAGGAGAAGGAGGAAGAAGUAGACGCGUUUCCUAGUCUUUGCAAUGCGAUACCGAUCAAGUCAUCGCCAUUCAGUUAUGCGGACAUGCUGAAGAAGGCUCACGAUGGUCCUGCUUCAUAAGAGAAUGGCCGUAGUUGGUGUUUUUCUUCUUCUGUUCUCGUGUGGCACAUCACAAUCACUAAGAAAAAUACAAAUAAAAUAAAAUAAAUAAAAAAAUAAAAAAAAGACCCUUGUCCAACACAACCC